UACAUCCGUUCACCUGGGCGGGGCGCCAACAGGAAGAAAGAUGGCGGCAGCCGAUGCCGCGGCGGAAGAGAAGUGCCGAGGAAAGCUGUCUGCAGCCUGUAUUGCUGCGGUGGUGGUACUGAUCGGGCUGCCUCUCUGGUGGAAAACAACUGAGACCUACCGUGCCUCCCUGCCUUACGGCCACAUCAGUGAGUUGGACCUGCUCUUGCUGGAUAUCAGCGUGCCGGUGGAGGUGGUCUUUGCGAGGGGCACACUGACAGCAGAACAACAGAAGAAGCUCCUACCUCAGACUCAGUUCAGCCAUAAACGGACCCAGCUGGAUGGUAAAACAGGCUUGAAGUACCGGUACGAGAAGACGUACAGAGCCGUAACUGGGUUAGAGCAAGAUGCCUUAAUGAGCAAAGAUGUGGAAGGGGCAGUUGUCACUUUAUCGCAGGUUUACGAGAGCCCAGCGGGUUCAGUGGUGAUCUAUGUCGUGCCCACGGAUUCCCAGCUGAUGCCAGAUGAAGUCAGCGUUUACAUCGGGAAGCACAGGGCCAGCUUGCUACGCUCUCCCGUGACUGGCUCGCACAGUGUGCAGGAUGUGCUUCGGGACAUCGAUGACAGCAUAGAGGAGAUCCUGCAGACGGUGUCCUUCACUGACGAUAUGGUGGUUGCCGCGUUGUCCAACCGCGUUCCCUUGGGAACCUUUGGUGCCGACAGCUUCACGGCGACUUCGACAGCAUUCAAAUCCAGUCUGGGAUACGAAAUCACCUUCAGUCUGUUGAACCCUGAUCCCAAGUCCCAUGACAUCUGUUGGGAUAUCGAAAGAGCUGUGAAUAAUUACGUGCAGCCCUUCCUGGACAAGCUGUCAUUCGUUGCCAACUUUUCCGUAGACUCUCAGAUACUCUAUUACGCAGUUCUUGGAGUGACACCACGCUUUGAUAAAGCCUCAUCGAGCUUCUCACUGACUGAGGGCAGCUUGUCCCAUGUGAUCAAUCCAGUCGAAGCCAAACUCGGAUCCAAUGUCGCUUCAUCCUAUCCGGUUUUGAAUUUUCUUCUCUAUGUUCCUGAGUAUUCUCAUUCUCCUCUGUACAUCCAUGACAGCAGUGGCUCUCCUGUCGAGUCAAACGCUUUUCACAGCCCCCGCUGGGGCGGGAUCUUGAUUUACAAUGUGGACCAACAGCAGGUGAACAAAACCCUCCUCCCGGUUUCCGUCAAGGUGGACAUGGCUCGAGUGAUGGAGGUCUUUCUGUCUCAGCUGCGGUUGUUGAUGGGGAUACAGAAGGUGCAGCCCCCCCCAGAUACCGUCAUCCAAAGCCCCGGGAACAUGGUUGUCACUGACUGGGAGACCGACCGUCUCCUCUGCGUCAGGACAGUGGAAAACAUCGCCACAGCCACAAACACGCUGACCUCCCUGGCACAGCUCAUCGACGAAAUUGGGAACAUCGUGAUCAAUGACAACAUUGCCUCUGAGGUUUACAGCGCUGUGGCUUCUGUGCAGCAGUCGCUCGAGGAACUGGAGGCCGGGAGGCUCUUGCCUGCCUUCCAGGCCAGCAAGGAGGCCAUCACCUCGUCUGAGAAAGCCUUCUUCGAUCCUUCACUCCUGCACCUCCUGUACUUCCCGGACGAUCAGAAGUUUGCCAUUUACAUCCCCCUCUUCCUGCCCAUGUGUGUCCCCAUCGUGCUGUCACUGGCGAAGGCGGGGAUGGAUCGCAGGUGGAGACGAAAGGUGCAUUGAAGAGGAUACACUACGACUUGCAGUGUUGAUUCUGUGUGAUCUAAUUUAUUGGGAUGGUGGAUGCCACGGAAUCGUGCUGGAUCAGAGAGCAUGCAGUCUUCAGUUACCUCACACUACCCACAGAAAAUACAGCAAGUGUCACCAGAACAAAAACACAGAUCCAGAGCAACUCCGGAGGAACUCAGCAGAUCAGGCAGCGUCUGUGGAUAAACAGUCAAUGCCUUGAGGCUGAGACCCUUCAUCAGGCCUGGAAAGGAAGAGUUUGACGAAAGGUCUCAGCCCAAAAAGUCAACUGUUUAUUCCCCUCCAUAGAUGCUGCCUGACCUGCUCAGUUCCUCCAGCAUUUUGUGUGUGUUUCCACCAAAUUAAAUCUCAUGAGAGAGCGAUGAUUCGCUUUCCCCAAAACCCUGGCAAACGCCAAGGCACUGGAGACAGGCCAAGGAGAGUCGGGACAAGAGUGGGGGGGGGGGGGGGGGGGAAUCUGUGUUUGUUGUACACACACCGAAACUCAACCCUCUGUGCCAUUGCUAUUGUAAAUACUUUGUGUCUAAGUUGUGUACAGUAGGCAGAUUUGUACAGUCAGUGCUUGGCAUACUUGGAGCUGAGACCUGAGGCCUACACAUCCCAGUAGUGCCUGGCAUUUCUCAUCAUACGGUCACCCUGUUCUAACUCAUUUCUCUGCCAUUCCUCUCAUCCCAGCUCCUUCGCAUGGCAUUAUUCUUUCAACUCCCCUACCUUUUCCCUCUUCCUGUCUCUCCCCUCCCCAUCUCCCUCUACCUUCCCUUCCCCUCCCCCCCUCUCGCCCCUCCCCCCUCCCCUCCCCCCUUUCUUUCUCUUCCUGCCUCUCCCCCUCACCCCACCUCUCUCCCCCUCCCCCUCUCCACUGCUCCCCUUCUCCCCCUCUCUCUCCCCAUCGCUCCCUCUCACUCCCUCUCUCCCCUCGUCUUCACCCUCAGUGUUCACAUCUGUUCAGUUCCCUGAUGUGAGCCAUUUAGUCAGACAGAACUGCGCUUCAGUAAAUGUUCUGUUUGACCUUGUAA